GUUUUUUUGUUUUUUUUUUUACAUCUGAUACCAGACAAGUUAUUCCUCACUUUUAUGUUGGAAUUUUAAACACUUGUCCACACAUGUAGUGUUCUGAGAAGUAUCGAGUCUGGAUCACGCAGUCACCCCCACUAAACCACAUGAACACACACCCUCUUCUCCUCCCUGUCUCUCUUCCUCCCUCCCAGUUGUUCUCGCUCUCCCCCUUCCUCAGCCGCUUGCGCUGGCUCUCAUUCUCAUUUGCACCUCAGCUUAGGAACAUGGUGCCUCUCUGCUGCUCCGAUACUGCUCCCUGCCUCCCGACUGGGCAGGUGUGUUGUUGUCAUUACUGCUCAUGCUGCCUUUUGUAGAGGAGCGCCGCCAAGAGGAGAAGGAUUCGCCAAGACUAAAGGACACAAUGGAAAGUGAAGUGAUUCAGAUGCCGGUCCGUCUCAGCGAACUUUUAAAAGCGUAGAACAGACGGUGUAGGAGCAGGAAGACAAACUCACUCCAAAGAGCUUCUUGUGCUUUGGUGAAGAGCAGAGGCCGGUGAACAGGUACGUCCUGUAAAAGGCAACUACCCAUGUGGCAGGAAGCUCUAUGGACCCGUGGACGCUACCUGCUAGAGAAGAGCGACGGCGGAGAGGGAGCAGAGGGUCCCGAGAGCCUUGCAGAUGGCUGUCCCGGCUUCCAGGGAGAACUUUGUGUGGAAGGGGAGAAGCCCCAAGACUGGCUAUACGAGUCCUACUACAGAAUGAGCCAGCAGCAUCCACUCAUCGUUUUCCUUCUGCUGAUUGUCAUGGGAACCUGCCUCGCUCUACUUGUGGUCUUUUUCGCCUCCGGGCUGAAUACAGAGGACCACUUGGCUUUCCUCAUUACAGUGCCGGCUGCUCUUUUCCUGUUUCUGUCCAUAUUUGUCCUGGUCUGCAUUGAGUCCAUCUUCAAGCGGAUGCUGCAGCUCUUCUCCCUACUCAUAUGGGCCUGUCUGGUGAUCAUGGGCUACCUGUUCAUGUUCUCAGGGGGAAUACUCAGUCCCUGGGACCAGGUGUCCUUUUUUCUGUUCAUCGUGUUCGUUGUGUACACCAUGCUGCCGUUCUCUAUGAGAGGAGCCAUUAUCGCCAGUGUCAUCACCUGCUUCUCCCACACUGUCACCCUCAGCAUCUGUUUGGCCUCAACUGUCACAGACCUGGAACCAUUAGUCUGGCAGAUUUUAGCCAACGUAAUCAUUUUCACGUGUGGAAACUUGGUCGGAGCAUAUCACAAGCAUCUGAUGGACCUGGCCCUCAAACAGACCUACCAAGACACGUGCAACUGUAUAAAAUCUCCAAUCAAGCUGGAGUUUGAGAAGCACCAACAGGAACGUCUUCUCCUUUCUUUACUGCCGGCUCACAUUGCCAGAGUAAUGAAAGCAGAGAUAAUCCAGAGGUUGCAGGGACCAAACUUUGGUCGAACGGAGAGCACCAAUAACUUUCAUAACCUUUAUGUGCAACGUCACACCAACGUGAGUAUUCUAUAUGCUGACAUCGUGGGAUUCACUCGACUGGCCAGCGACUGCUCUCCAGGGGAACUUGUGCAUAUGCUGAAUGAACUUUUUGGAAAGUUUGAUCAGAUUGCAAAGGAAAAUGAAUGUAUGCGAAUCAAGAUUCUGGGGGACUGCUACUACUGUGUGUCUGGCCUGCCCCAGUCUCUGCCUCAGCAUGCGAGGAACUGCGUGAAGAUGGGCCUGGACAUGUGUGAGGCCAUCAAGAAGGUGCGGGAUGCCACUGGAGUGGAUAUCAACAUGCGUGUGGGCGUCCAUUCUGGGAAUGUCCUGUGUGGUGUUAUUGGGCUCCGUAAAUGGCAGUAUGAUGUCUGGUCACAUGAUGUAACACUAGCCAAUCAUAUGGAGGCAGGAGGGGUUCCAGGACGAGUCCAUAUUUCAUCAGUGACACUAGAACACCUGAAAGGCUCAUACAAGGUGGAGCCUGGAGAAGGACAGAGUCGAGACUCUUACCUGAGGGAGCAUGGUGUGGUGACAUACCUGGUCAUCAACCCCAAGACUGAACGCCACAGCCCGCUGCUGGGUUUGCGCUCUCGUCCUUCGAUCGAUGCUGGAAAGAUGAGGGCGUCGGUUAGGAUGACGCGCUACUUGGAGUCCUGGGGGGCUGCAAAACCCUUUGCUAACUUGCACCAGAGAGACAGCAUGACUACAGAAAAUGGCAAGAUCAACACCAAAGACGUUCCAAUGGGACAGUAUCAAUUCCAACGACGAGAAAGUUGUGUCUCUCCCUUCAACGAAAGGUCCAAGUCACAGAGGAGAAGAUUUGAGGAGGAACUUAAUGAGCGAAUGAUUCGCACCAUUGACGGCAUCAACUCUCAGAAGCAGUGGCUGAAGUCCGAGGACAUCCAGAGGAUCUCAUUGUUCUUUCACAACAAAGCCCUGGAGAAAGAGUACAGAUCCACAACACUUCCUGCCUUCAAGUACUACAUCACAUGUGCCUGCUUGAUCUUCUGCUGUAUAUUCAUUGUGCAAGUCCUUGUUUUGCCCAAAACUGCUGUUCUGGGAAUUUCAUUUGGCUUUGCAUUCUUAUUGCUGGCUCUGAUCCUCAUCCUUUGUUUCGCUGGCCACAUUCUGCAGGGAAGAAAAGGGUCAUUCUGCACAUUCACCUGCUUUCCUGCCUCCUCCCACAUCAUCAUCACCAAUAACCCCUGGCUGCGUUUGGUCCUGACAAUGACCACCACUGCUCUAAUAUUGGUGAUGGCUGUUUUCAAUAUGUUCUUUGUGGAGGAUCCAGGGGGAUCAAUGGAUGCCACCCUGACAACCUCAUCACCACUCAAUGAAACCAAUGACACAGUGUGGGACCACCAGAAUGGAAGCCCAGGAGAAAGAAGGUUUUACCUCCCAUACUUCAUUUACUGCUGCAUCCUGGGUCUGGUGUCCUGCUCUGUCUUCCUGAGGAUCAACUACGAGCUGAAGAUGGUGGUCAUGCUAGUGGCUGUGGUGAUCUACAACAUCAUCAUCCUGCAGACGCAUGCUUCCCUUCUGGAUGUCUUCAGCAAAGCUCUGUACCCGACCGACACACUGGAUAGACCAGGAGUCCUAAAAGAUCUGAAGACCAUGGGGUCUGUGUCUCUCUUCAUCUUCUUUAUCACCCUCCUGGUUUUGGCCAGACAGAACGAGUAUUACUGUCGGUUGGACUUUCUCUGGAGGGACAAGUUCAAGAGGGAGUGUGAAGAGAUCGAAACAAUGGAGAACCUGAACCGGGUUCUGCUGGAGAACGUCCUCCCCGCCCAUGUUGCGGAGCACUUUUUGGGACGAAACUGGAAAAAUGAGGACCUCUACCAUCAGUCGUAUGAGUCUGUGUGCGUGAUGUUCGCCUCCAUCCCGGACUUUAAAGAGUUCUACACAGAAUCGGAUGUGAACAAGGAAGGACUGGAGUGUCUCCGUCUGCUAAAUGAGAUCAUAGCCGAUUUUGAUGAGCUUCUGUCCAAACCAAAGUUCAGUGGCGUAGAAAAGAUAAAGACCAUCGGGAGCACUUACAUGGCAGCCACAGGACUGAAUGUGACUCCUGGACCAGAGUGUGCACAGGAGCACGACAGGCAGAACAUGCACAUUGGCACCAUGGUGGAGUUUGCCUUCGCUCUGGUCGGGAAGCUGGAUGUCAUCAACAAACACUCCUUCAAUGACUUCAGACUCAGAAUUGGGAUCAAUCACGGGCCGGUAAUAGCAGGUGUGAUUGGGGCCCAGAAGCCGCAGUAUGACAUCUGGGGAAACAGCGUCAACGUGGCCAGUCGGAUGGAGUCAACUGGAAUACUGGGAAGAAUACAGGUCACGGAGGAGACGAGUCGGAUUUUGUCAGCGCUUGGCUACAUGUGCUGCUGUCGAGGGAUCAUCAACGUGAAGGGCAAAGGAGAGCUGAAGACAUACUUUGUCCACACAGAGAUGACGCGGUCUCUGUCUCAGGGUACAGUUAUGCCUUGAGCAGCUUGCUCACCCAAAAAUAGACUUCCGAAGUGGCAUUUGCAGUGAUUUGUCAUGCUAUAACUACUAAAGUCAGAAGAAAGUACUGCAGUGGACUCGGGCCAGGUGAAGUGGGUCCAAUCUUAAAGUGGUACGAAGCACGUUGUGAUGCACUGCAACCAACCGGUGCAAGUCUCUGAGCCUUAUCGAUACCUGAGCAACCUGGCUUCAGUGCCAUUAUCCACACUCCACACUGGGACUGUUGCUCAAGCAUGGAAUCUCAGCCUUUCAUACCUAUUGGAUCCAUCCCUAGGUCCCUGGAUCCUCUUCCUCACUGCCACAAACCGAUCUUUGCAGUCUGCCUCAUGAAAGUCCCAGAACAUCUGCACCCCAUUAUGUUACGGUACCUUGUUGGCUAUGAUGCAUUAAUUCAUGUCAUAAAUUGUAACAUUUAGGGUUAGUGUUACAUUUACUGUCUUUUCCUCCAAAUAUUUUUUGUGGUAAAUCAGUACUACUAAAAUUAACUAAUGGUGUUCUAGCUGAUGAAGUGCUCAUGUUUUGUGGUGUUACUAUGAAGGCAUUUAAUUGUGCAUCCCUCACUUUUGUUAAAUAUGAUGUUUGAUAUGGGGUGUGUGCCAGUAUAUAUAUAUAUAUAUAUAUAUAUAUAUAUAUAUAUAUAUAUAUAUAUAUAUAUAUAUAUAUAUAUAUAUAUAUAUAUAUAUUUAUAUAUUUAUAUAUAUAUAUAUAUAUUUAAGGUGGUGAUUUUUUAUUGAAUGUUGAAUGACUGCAUCCGGAGUUGCCCUAAACAACUUGAAUGUGUGCCUUUGUGGACAUGAGUACUUUGUUAGAGGAGAAAGAGCUCAUGACUUCCUGCUGUACUUGUGGACGGGCAACGGUGUGUUUUGUUUAUGACACUUGGCAGACUUGCAGCUGGUGUCUCUCCAUUUAUUCAACACGGACGUAAGAAUAAUUUACCAUCAUACCAAGCUGAUGAUGCCAGCCCAUUUCCUGUGGGAUGGGUAGCUGGCCAGAAUUUGUGAGUGCUAUUUCUAGCUUUUAGUGAUGCAUUAGUGUUCCACUAAAUAGUCGGCGGCCUCUCGGUUUAUAAUCCAUUAGGGAUGAAAGCAAACAGCAACACGUGUUUUGUUCACUGCUUUUGUUAUUCAUUAAAUGU